UACGUGCAUGGAGCAUAAUGAAGAGAUGAAAGUGGGAGCAGCAAAAGACCUUCAACAAUGUCUUUGUGAGAUAUGACUUCAUCAAUCUGAAAUUGCAAAAAUCUCCCAUCUGCAAAUGUUUAAAAAUCCAAAAUCCCAUAUUCUUUCUAGACCUUUUUGUCCUAGCUUUCUACACUCUUUGUAGAUAUGAAGACUUAUGUCUUGUUAAUUUACAGAGUCGUCUCUCAUUUGCUAGUGGGAAUAAAAAAUCUCGAAGGCAGCGUUUGUUGAAUUGUUGGUGAGCGUAAAAUAUUAGGAAAUGACUUUUGGAUCGAAGAGAGAAGACUUAUUAGAAAAUUACUCUGCUGAGUCUGCUCCCUACUCCGGGAGUAUAACAACUUGCCUUACUAAUCCCUAAUCACACAGCAGACUUGUGUGUAUUUAUAGAACCUUGAAUAAUUUAUCGGUUUUGCUGCAUCUUCAUCUGCACAUUUCCAGUCUCAGCAUAGUUCAGUUUCAGUACCAUACAAGUAGAGAUGGAUGAAGAGUCUAUUCACCCUGCAAGUAUGCCGAUUUCAAUGACUGAAGAGGGCAGGUUGACCGAGGUUACAGAGGAGAUGAUAGAUCAGUUAGAUGUGUUCCAUGUUGACAUAUCUUUCUGGAAAAUAGUUCAGAAACUUAUAUAUGCACCUUUUUAUCUCCCAUGGGUGUUGAUCGUAGCAAUAAUAUUCCCGGAAAAGCCUGCAUAUUUUAUCUACUCGAGUUUUAUCUCUAUGUUACUGGAUCCUUUGUUUCUGUAUAUUCCUCUUAUCAACGAGGAAACCAAGUGCCUCAUGUUGGACAACAAAUUGAUGAUAGCAGCUCUGAUUCUGCGAGUCGUCACAGAUCUUCGUUAUGUAGUGAAAAUAGGUUCUAAGAUUAAGAAAUGGUGGCGGGGAUCUAGUAAGAAAAUAGGCAUCACAAGUAACAUGGUUGCUAUUCUUCCUAUUCCACAAGUAGUCAUUUUAGUGUUCCUUCCAAAAAUGAGGGGCUCUGGAUCUUUGACUGUAAUGAAGUUUCUUAACUCGCUUAUUUUUUUCCAAUACCUGCAACGAGUUUAUCCUAUCUACAGAUACUGUAAGAAUCUUAACAAGGAGAUGCAUGACAAGAGUAGUCCUACGCGGGCUUGGAUUCCAAGUUUAGUCAAUCUUCUCAUAUACCUCCUUGCCAGUUAUGUACUCGGGACGUUUUGGUAUUUUUUUUCUAUCCAACGAGAGAUAGAUUGUUGGGAAUAUGCUUGCCAAAGUGAAAAAGGAUGUCAGUUUAAUAUUCAUUGCGAUGCCAAUGAAUUCAGAAAUAUUACAUUGCUACACACUUCAUGCCCUAUAAAUCCCCCGAAUGCAACAAUAUUCGAUUUCGGUAUAUUUCUUUAUGCUCUUCAAUCUGGUAUGCAAGAAUCAACAUAUUUACCACAAAAGUUCUUACUAUGUUUCUCAUGGGGCCUACGAAAUCUAAGUUCUUUUGCUUCGAACCUCAACACUAGUACCUAUGGAUGGGAAACCCUAUUUGUGGUUGCUAUUUCUAUAAGUGGCUUGAUACUAUUUAUAUAUUUCCUUGGACAUGUGCAGACAUUUAUGCAGGUAGCUGGGAAAUCAGAAAGGUCCCGCCAAAAGUUGAAAAAGAUUUUGGGGCCAAAAGUACAAUCCAUGUUACUUGAAUAUGGCUCCCCUGCUGAUGUGAAGGUCCUGAAGGAUAGCAUCAACUAUGUGGUAGAAAAGAAACACUUAGAAGACCCAGAUCUUGUUUUGGAGAAUAUGUUUUCAAUUUUUUCCUUCAAGCAUAAGGUAGAUGACCAACGCCUGCAAGGUGAACUAAAUACGAUCAGACAAACUCUCUUCCUGGAGAAAUUGAAGAAACUGGAUCAUCCAGAGACUUACAUGAACGAAAGGGUGUUGAAGGAAAUCUGUAAGCACCUUGAUCCAGUGAUCUAUCCCAAGGGAAGCUAUAUUAUUCGAAAGGGGGAGCCUCUUGAUAUGAUGUUCUUCAUCACCCAGGGCAUUGCACUCUCGUACACCAUUGACCACUCAAUGACCACUAAGCGUCUUGAGAAAGGAGAAUGCUACGGUGAAAAGCUUAAUUUUAAGCUGGGCAGCAACUGCUACAACCUCCUUUUGCGACUUGCCUAACGCACCCAGUACCGUCAAGGCCCACAAAAAUGUUGAACUCUUUGCUCUCCAGGCUGCCGAUUUACAGAGUGUUUUGUCUCAGCCGUCAAGCCAUUCCAGCAACGAGCUUCCCCAUUCAACAGAUAGUAAGGUUCAACAGAGUAUUCUGUCACAAUUGCGCGGUAUUUUAAUUAAACCAGGUUGGCUCACUCUUGGCUAAGACAAUAAAAGUUUGCUGUAUGUCUACGAGAGCGCCGUCUAUCCUUCAUUGUCUAUUUGAGUAUUAGAUAACGAUUUAGUUGCAAACCGUUGUACAGUUUACCAUUGUCGAAAAAGUAACUUAUAAUGGUUUUGCGAGGCAAGUAACUAAUAAAAGGGUUUUCAGAAAACGUUGC